AAAAAUAUAUUCAAAAUUCAAUUUGUUAUAAAGUUUGUGAAAGAAGAAGAAGAAGAAGCAGAAGAAGAAGAAACAAUUUUAACCUAUAAAACGCACAAAUAGCUAUGAACGCUAUGGGUAUCUCAACAGAUCCCACAUUACUUAAUGUGGAAUUGCCUGCAACACUUAUCGAAUCUCCUUCAGUCUCGACAUUCUUACCCGAGGAGGAGGCAUCCAUUUGUCCAUUAUUGUCCACAACCAAUGGCACCUCGACGCCGGUCACAUUUUCGCAUCCGCUAACACCCUGUAUAGACAAUGACAGUACGGCCUCGGCGAAUUUGUGUAAUGAAGAUGCUGAUGCCAAGGUCGAGACAAGUUCAUCGUCGGGCAGUAGCUCCGGUCUUGGCAUGGAUGCACCAGAUACGGCGGCAACAACACUUUUUCACAAACCACAUGCCUAUCAGCAUUUACAAUUGAAUAAUGGUGGUGCAGUGCUGCAGGACUCAAAUGGUGUGAACGGCACACUUACCAAGGAUACACCUUCAUUUGUCUCGUGGAAUUGGCCAUUGAUACGCAAAUGCACUUUCUUCGUUUUCAUGUCCAGCCUUUUGGCUAUGUGCGCUAUUGUGGUGGCCAUGAUUGUUACCUUGCCAAAGACCUGCAAUCCGAAAACAGCUUGGUUUCGCGGCAGUGUCUUCUAUGAGAUCUUUCCCUCCAGUUUCCAAGACUUUAAUAAUGACGGCAUCGGCGACUUACGUGGUAUUAUGCAGCGUGCAGACUACUUGGCCUCACUCGGCGUGUCCGCCGUGCGUUUAAACUCGAUAUUUCCCUCACCACAUUAUCCCGAUGACUUUACAAAUCCGACAUCAUUGUUCGAGGUGGCCCCAGUCUUGGGUAGCGCGCAGGAUGUUCAACAAUUAGCAGAAACACUACGGCAGCGCAAUAUAUCUUUGUUACUUGAUCUGCCAAUCGGUGCGUUCAUGAAAAGAUUAGAUGACGCCACAACCACUGCACCUAUAAUUGUGGCACAAACAAUGGAGAAUGACAGCGAAACCACCGAAAGUACUGCCUCAAUAACGCCGACCACAAAAUCACCACCGAAAGUGGCGAGCACAUCGGCUGGCAAUGUCGUUAGCGCUGUUAUAUUCAAAUGGUUGCAAUUGGGCGUGGCUGGUUUUUAUCUCAAAGGUUUGGAGAACUUCGUAGACGAUGAUCGUUUAUUGGCCAAUUUGAAUGAGUGGAAACAGCUUCUCGGCAACGAUCGCGUACUCAUUGCCAAUGAAGCGCUAAUACGAGAACUGAAUCCCACCUUGAGUCCAUUGGUCUUGCGUCAUAUCGAUUUGAUCGAUGUGCAUUUGGACGUGCUAAAUGGCACAAGGCGUUUGGAAAAACAUAUCAAUACAAUGCUCAGCGGCGCACUCACACCGGCCGAACAGGGGCCUUGGCUGCAUUGGUCUAUCGGUGGUGUUGAUCAGCAACGUUUUACACGCUAUGGUCAAAGCAAAAAUAUCACAUUGGCAGCGACAAUCAUGCAACUCAUGUUGCCAGGCACACCGAACAUUUUCUACGGUGACGAAAUCGCACUGGAGUCCGUGUCCGAUCCAGAGAAUGAACACAAUGAAACUAAACAUCUGCAUCAUCUAUCCACUAUGGAGUGGUUGAAUAGCACAAGGCAAUUUACGAAUCGUGAAACCUUACCAUGGCUACCACAAAACGCUCACUUCAGUCAUGAGAAUUUUGAGACCGUGACGAAAAUGAUUGAUUUGCGCAAUCGCUCGCCAUCGCUGUAUAAGAAUGCGAACUGUAAGCCAGAGAAGUCGCUCUCAAACACGAAGAUACGCUGCAGUAACGAUGAUAUUUUGGUAGUUGAACGUGUCUACCCAAGGCGCAACUCCUUUGUUUCCGUUUCGAACUUCGGCCAGAAACGUGUGUCGAUGGACAUGACAGCCAUGUAUUUUAGCGGUGUCAAAAUGCUCGACGAGGAUCACACGGAGAAAGUUUAUUUUUCUAAUUUCGAGAUUGGCCCAUGGGAAACUAUUGUUGUUAAAUUAGAUAAAUAAGCGGGUAAUAAGUUAUAAAACUUUGUAAAGUUGGUCGUGAUCCUUCAGAUGAAGAGAUUACCAUAAAAAAAAUCUGGGUAGUACAGUAUUUUUUAUCCAUCUCGAAUUUACGGUUUGAUUACAUACAUAUACAUAUAUUUUUAUAGACGUAGUUGCCAAAUAUAUGCUCAUACAGUGGGAAAAUAAAAUAAAAAAUCAUAUACGUAGAACUUACCGAGAGAAAA